AGAGAGAGAGAGAGAGAGAGGGAGAGAGAGAAAGUGAGCGUGCGAGUCAAGAAGAAGAAGAAGGGAGAGAGAAGAGAGAGACGCAGGAGGAGGAGAAGAAGAGAGGAAAGAGAGAGGGAGUGAGUGAGUGUGUGAGUGAGAAGCCGAGUAGAGGAGAGGAGCCACACCAUGCAACCAGCAACCAUGUCUUCAAAAGUGAUGGACCUUAUAUACUGGAAGGAUACGGAGCGUUCGGGGAUGGUGUUGACGGGCAUCGUGGUCGUCCUGCUCUCCAUCUUCCAGCUCAGCAUCGUCUCCGUCUUCUCCACCGUCUCCCUCAUCGUCGUGUGCGGUACCAUCUCCAUGAGAAUCUACUACCGGGUCCUGCAAGCGAUCGGCUGGCACGACGGAAAACACCCCUUCCAGAAGUAUAUGGACCUGGACAUCUCUCUGCACGGAGGGGAAGCUGACCUGUACAUGCAGAAGAUCAUCGUCUUCCUCUGCGCCGCCAUCAACACCAUCAAGAACCUGGUCUUCGUCAGGAGCCUCUUCAACUCACUCAAGUUUCUGCUGCUGAUGUACCUGGUGACAUUUAUGGGCGACCUCUGCACUGGCAUCACCCUGAUCAUCGUUGGUGUGAUCGCUAUCUUCUCCGUUCCUCUCUUCUACAAGAAACACCAGGCCCAGGUAGACGGCACUAUUGCUGGAUUCUACGCCAAAGGAGACUCCAUCCAAGAUUUCUUCCACCGAUUGGCUCAGGGCGGAGGCCCUCCCGUUGACUCCACCCCCGGCGGUGCCAAGCCCAAAGCCCAUUGAGAGACAAGCCAGACGACGACGACAAAGAGGAGGAGCCAAGGAGAGAUGGGAGGAGUUACAGGCUGUCACUCAGAUGUCUUAACCAACCAACAGUCUGUGCUCGCAGGCCCGGCGCCACAGAGGAUAUGAUGGAAGGCGGGGCUUGUGGUGAUGGGGGGCGGGGUUUGGGGGGAGGGAGUGGAGGAGAGGGCAGGGGCAGAAGAUGUGGACAAACGAAUGAAGAAGAAUCAGUUCCGGAACUUUGGGGAGUUUUAGAACUUUGGGGCAGGUGAGGGGAGUUCCGAGUUCCGAGAGGUGGUGGUGGGUGGUGAAUGAUGACGUCUGUGGGGUUUGCAAAGGAUGCUAGGAUGUACUGUACUGUACUGUACCGGGGUGCAUUUCUCAAAACCAUAGUUGCUAACCACAUUAGCUACUCUGUUGUUUUUAAUGCAAUUUAAUGCCAUUUCCCAUUGGCAAAGUUGCCAAUAACGGGCUAGCAACCAUGCUUUCGAGAAACGCACCCCUUUAGUGGUGGGUGGGUCUCACUGUCCACCAGUCAGCCGGCCUGUCAGGACCGUGCCUGUCUGUCUUGCAGGCUUGUCCGAAAUUCCGGAUUUAAUGAAUUUGAAUUCAAAGUAAUGCCAUAAUACGAACACUGGGUGGUGUCAUUACCUUGAAUUUAUUUUCUUUGAAUUUAAGCUACACCACCCAUUGAGAGUACAUAGAACACAACCAACUAGUGUUCAUAUCAUGGCAUUACUUUGAACUCAAAUUAAUUAUUCAAUUCGGAAUUUCAUACGUGCCUGUCUGUCUUGUCUGUCUGCCUGUCUGGGGCCGGCAACGUAGACGUAGAGUUUCCAUUUACAGAGCGUUGUUUUCAGAGCAAAAAAAAAAGGACUUUCUAGUAUGGCUGGGUGUCGCUGCUGUCUACACAAACUAAUAAUAAAGCAAAAUAAACCAAAUCAAACAAUCAA